AUGGAGCAGUCGCCGCCGCCGGCGCUCGAGCCAACCCCGGGGCCGACCCCGGCACGGAGCCGUAGGCGGCGGGAGCCCGAGUCGCCGCCGGCGCCGAUUCCUCUCUUUGGUGCAAAGACUAUUGGCCAGAGAAGUCCUGAUGGUCCAGUGCUGAGCAAAGCUGAAUUUGUUGAGAAAGUUCGUCAGAGUAAUCAGGCCUGUCAUGAUGGAGAUUUCCACACAGCUAUUGUACUAUACAACGAAGCUCUGGCUGUUGAUCCUCAAAACUGCAUCUUGUACAGCAAUAGAUCUGCAGCAUAUACGAAAAUCCAGCAGUAUGACAAGGCCCUGGACGAUGCAAUCAAAGCUCGACUUCUCAAUCCCAAAUGGCCUAAGGUAGAAAUUUUAUUUACUUUCAUAGAAUCUUUUUGUGCUGGUUUUUAAUUUUAAUGUAACAUU